AUGAAUUGUCAACCAUUUGAUGAUGAAGAUCAUUUGUACAAUGACGAAUCUCGUAUCAGUCAGAUAACUGUUGAAGAAUUUCUGAAUAUACCUCUGUUUCCUACAACACGACUUUCAUUCAGUUCAAAUGUCUUUGAAAAUGAUUGCUCGACAUUGCCGUUACCGAUCGAUGAAUUUUCAUUAUUAAAUGAAGAUUCUGUCGAUAGUCAAGAAAGUCUCUCAAUUUCUGCAGAUAUCGAAAAUAAUGUGAAUCGAUUGCUGCAUAGUAAUGAGUUUAAUUCAGAAGUGAUAGAAACAGAUUUGACUUUAAAGUCAUUCGAUGCAACAAAAGAAUGGAUCAAAGAAGAAUUAAACAAAAGUGUUCUGGAAAAUAUCGAUCGAACAAUUUCUGAUCGAAUAAUGUUCGUACAAAUCCAACCACCCAAGGAUAUUCGUCGACGAUAUCAAAGUGAUGGCAAACGGCAAAUUGAAAAUUCCCGAUCAAAACCAAUGGCAAUCAAAUUGCCCAAUUUGGAAACGUGUCAACUAGGUUCGAAUCAAUCAUUCUGGUUACAGUUGGUUUUAAUAACAUCAGACAAUAACCCAAAGGGCAAAGUCUAUAUUCACCCAGAUAAACUGGAAUACCAUGAUGAUAAUUCGUCGGAAUACGAUCACGGAUUUGUUCGUGUACCGUUAACCGCAUCAGAUAUUCAGUCAAGAGUGAAAGAAUUGGCUCGUAUCUCAAUCAUUAAGUCAAAGCUUGAUGCCUAUACAUUCGAACUGAAACCAUUUGUUCCCAUUUUCGGAAAUAAUCAAUUGGAGACUUAUAAAAACACAAGUAAAAAGAGCGUCGUGGCCACAGCGAAAGCGUUUCGGGAUGAGUAUCACCUCAAAUCGAGCCAAAUUGCUUGCCAGUUGCUCAUCAAAUAUGAUAACACAUGGCAUACGACUAACAUAGUUUGUGUCACAGAUCUAAUGGAAGAGAAAAACGGGCAACGUAGUUCAAACAAAGCGUCGAAGCGCUCGGUAAUGGUAGACGACGACGAAGAUCAAGUACAUCACCGAAAAUCAUCAAAGAAACAAAGAAUUCGAAACCGAUCUAAAAUCCUAUUAUAA